GAUCAUUCUGGGCAUCUCAUCUUGGUUGUCACUCAUCACCAAUUGGGUAGCCAUGUGGAAGAAUGACCACUAGACAAGACGAUGCAGAAAACCUGCUAUCCAUCCUUGUACGCCUAGUGCGGCAGCAUAAUAUUCCAGAAACUAGAAUGUAACAACUUCUUUUGAUAAUUUUCUGCAGUGGUGAACUGAUACAUUUAGAGAAGGUAAAUGAGACUACAAACUCAAACAAGAAUAAUUUGACCAAAAGGAAAUAUGUGUAAACAAAAGCAUAUAAAGAAGCUUGAAGGAUCAUGCAAGUUUAUAUUAGUCAAAUAAACAGGUAGUAUAAGAGGGGGAAGGGCAGGAGUGCAUCUCAUCAAGAAAGAUCAAAUGGGAGGAGAGAGAAAGACCGAGCUAUGUGUGCAUUCUUGUUUGCUGCUGCAUCCCUAUGAUGUUGGUCCAGGGGAAAGUUCUAGUGGCACCUUCUUUUAUUCAGUCGCUUGGUUAUUUGGCUCUCGCAGUACCUUGUUUGCAGCUACAGAUCCUCAAAUUUCCGAGUACUGUGAAAUGCUGAAAGCAGAUGAUUGGCCAGUGUGUGCAUACAUUUCCCACGAUUGUCGUCCCACAAAUGCUUCUGAAGAAGCCCAUAAUGUUGAAACUUCUUACGAAGUCUGGGAGAAGACGCUGGAAUUAGUUGGCCUUCCUUCAGAUGCAGUAGAGAGGCUUAUAGAAGGGGAAGAAAUUAUAAAUCCCGAUAUGGAAAUUCCCAGUAGUAACCCUUCCACCUGUCUAUUGCUUAGUGCCUGUACUGGUUCGGACUGCAUCUACUAUCCACAUAAUUUGGCAUUCAAUAAAGUCGUCAUACCUUCAAUUCUCCUCUGCUCUUGAUACACGUCAUAGAAACCUGUAUUACCUGAUAGAAAUUUUUGGCUUUUGCCUGUUUUCACGUGUAAAAUUAACAACCAGAUGUAUCUUCUAAUUCAGCUUCUAGACAUGCAACUGAUGACAUAUCAAGUGGCAUGGAAGUUCUUGUGUUCUUGCAUGAAGCCUGAUGAAGGUCUGCAUACGUGUUCUUACAAAAGUGACACUCUUUUGCUGCAUGAAUGAAGGUCUGCCUACGUGUUUCUUACAAAA